AAGUUGGCGCUGCCGCCGCCGCCCUGCAGACCACUCGCUGCUUCGGCAGCGCGCCGCUCUCCUAAAAUGGCUGCCGCUACCGGUGCUGUGGCGGCCGCGGCCGCCUCGGAUCAGGCGGAAGGGAAGAAGAUCACCGACCUGCGGGUCAUCGACCUCAAGUCGGAGCUGAAGCGGCGGAAUUUAGACAUCACCGGCGUCAAGACGGUGCUUGUGUCCCGACUCAAGCAGGCUAUUGAAGAGGAAGGAGGCGAUCCAGAUAAUAUUGAAUUAACUGUUUCAACUGAUACUCCAAACAAGAAACCAACCAAAGGCAAAGGUAAAAAACCAGAAGCAGAUGAGUUGAGUGGAGAUGCUCCUGUGGAAGAUGAUGCUUUUGCCAAGGACUGCGAAUUGGAGAAUCAGGAGGCACGUGAACAAGAAGGAAGUGACGAGUUAAAGGACUCCGAAGAGUUUGGAGAAAAUGAAGAAGAAAAUGUGCAUUCCAAGGAGUUACUUUCUGCAGAAGAGAACAGGAUUCCUCCCGAAUUCAUAGAGGCAGAAGCAGUAGAAGAUCUAGAAAAAGAGGACAUCGAAAGUCAGGAAGUUGGAGCUCAAGGAGGUGAAGAUGACACCUUUCUAACAGCCCAAGAUGGUGAGGAAGAAGAAAAUGAGAAAGAUAUAGCAGGUUCUGGUGAUGAUACACAAGAAGUAUCUAAACCUCUUCCUUCAGAAGGGAACCUAGCUGAGGCUGAUCACACAGCUCAUGAAGAGAUGGAAGCUAAUGCGACUGUGAAAGAAGCUGAGGAUGACAACAUCUCGGUCACAAUCCAGGCUGAAGAUGCCAUCACUCUGGAUUUUGAUGGUGAUGACCUCCUAGAAACAGGUAAAAAUGUGAAAAUUACAGAUUCUGAAGCAAGUAAGCCAAAAGACGGGCAGGACGUCAUUGCACAGAGCCCGGAGAAGGAAAACAAGGAUUAUGAGGUGAAUGCGAACCAUAAAGAUGGUAAGAAGGAAGACUUCGUGAAGGGUGAUCCUGUCGAGAAGGAAGCCAGAGAAGGUUCUAAGAAAGCAGAAUCUGGAGACAAAGAAAAGGAUACUUUGAAGAAAGGGCCCUCGUCUACUGGGGCCUCUGGUCAAGCAAAGAGCUCUUCAAAGGAAUCUAAAGAGAGCAAGACAUCAUCCAGAGAUGACAAAGGAAGUUCAAGUAGUACUAGCGGUAGCAGUGGAAGCUCAACAAAAAAUAUCUGGGUUAGUGGACUUUCUUCUAAUACCAAAGCAGCUGAUUUGAAGAACCUCUUUGGCAAGUAUGGAAAGGUUCUGAGUGCAAAGGUAGUUACAAACGCGCGAAGUCCUGGGGCAAAAUGCUACGGUAUCGUAACCAUGUCAUCUGGCACGGAAGUGUCCAGGUGUAUUGCACACCUUCAUCGCACUGAACUGCAUGGGCAACUGAUUUCUGUGGAAAAGGUUAAAGGUGAUCCUUCUAAGAAAGAAUUAAAGAAAGAAAAUGAUGAAAAGAGUAGUUCAAGAAGUUCUGGGGACAAAACAAAUAUGAGCGAGAGAAGCAGCAAGACACAAGCCUCUGUCAAAAAAGAAGAUAAAAGGUCAUCUGAGAAAUCUGAAAAAAAAGAGAACAAGGAUACUAAGAAAACAGAAGGUAAAGACGAGAAGAAUGACAGUGGAUCAAGUGGCCAGACUUCAGAAUCUGUGAAAAAAAGUGAAGAAAAGAAGCGAAUAAGUUCAAAGAGUCCAGGACAUAUGGUAAUAUUAGACCAAACUAAAGGAGAUCAUUCUAGAUCAUCAAGAAGAAGACAUGAGAAAAUUCAUGGAAGGAGCAAGGAAAAGGAGAGAGCUUCCCUUGAUAAAAAAAGGGACAAAGACUACAGAAGGAAAGAAAUCUUGCCUUUUGAAAAGAUGAAGGAACAAAGGUUGAGAGAACAUUUAGUUCGUUUUGAAAGACUACGGCGGGCAAUGGAACUUCGAAGACGACGAGAGAUUGCAGAGAGAGAGCGUCGGGAGCGAGAACGCAUUAGAAUAAUUCGUGAACGGGAAGAACGGGAACGCUUACAGAGGGAGAGAGAGCGCCUAGAAAUUGAAAGGCAGAAACUAGAGAGAGAGAGGAUGGAACGUGAACGCUUGGAAAGGGAACGCAUUCGUAUUGAACAGGAACGUCGUAAGGAGGCUGAACGUAUUGCUCGAGAACGAGAGGAACUCAGACGCCAGCAGCAGCAGCUUCGUUAUGAACAAGAGAAAAGGAAUUCUUUGAAACGCCCCCGCGACGUAGAUCAUAGGCGCGAUGACCCUUACUGGAGCGAGAGUAAGAAGCUGUCUCUAGAUACAGAUGCGCGGUUUGGCCAUGGGUCUGACUACUCUCGCCAGCAGAACAGGUUCAAUGACUUCGACCACCGAGAGAGGGGCAGAUUUCCUGAGAGUUCAGCAGUACAGUCUUCAUCUUUUGAAAGCAGGCGAGAACGUUUUGUUGGUCAAAGUGAAGGGAAAAAAGCACGUCCUGCUGCACGAAGAGAAGACCCAGGCUAUGAGAGGUAUCCCAAAAAUUUCAGCGAUUCCAGAAGAAAUGAGCCUCCACCAAGAAAUGAACUUCGAGAAACAGACAGGCGAGAAGUGAGAGGGGAACGAGAUGAGAGGAGAACCGUGAUCAUUCACGACAGGCCUGACAUCGCUCAUUCCAGACAUCCUCGGGAAUCCGGGCCCAACCCUCCCAGACCCAGCAGCUGGAAAGGUGAUGGAGGCAUGGCCAGUGACAAGCGGGAAACAAGAGUUGAAAGGCCAGAACGCUCUGGGAGAGAAGUAUCAGGUCACAGUGUGCGCAGUGCCCCGCCUGGGAAUCGCAGUAAUGCCCCUGGCUACGGAGCCAGAGAAGGGGACAGAGUCAUGACAGACCGGGGAAGUGGGGCACAGCACUAUCCUGAAGAACGACAUGUGGUUGAACGCCAUGGACGGGACACAAGUGGACCAAGGAAAGAGUGGCAUGGUCCACCUUCUCAAGGGCCUGGGUACCAUGAUGCAAGGCGAAUGGGUGAUGGCCGGGCGGGGACAGGCGUGAUCAGCCAGCAUGCAAGUAACGCAUCCCCAAUUAAUAGAAUUGUACAAAUCGGUGGCAAUUCCAUGCCAAGAGGAAGUGGCUCCGGAUUUAAGCCAUUUAAGGGCGGACCUCCACGACGCUUCUGAAAAUCAGCUCUCUGCCAUGGUUUCAAGAUAAUUUAUUGAAAUCUCCUGUAAACUUUUACUUGACUACUUAAUGAAGAGGACCUCUGACUUGUUUGAGAGUUCUGUCAGACUUUCCUUUUUUCUUUUUUAAAAUUUAACAUGAUUGCUUUUCUCAAUUUUGGAGAAGAUGUUUAAAUAGUUCUGUUGUAACUUUUAAUAGUUUUGUGUAUCAUUCAACUUUUUUUCUUUCGGCACUGAGACCCAUUUGAGAAGAUUGGUGUAGAAGCCACUUUGUUUAACGCUGUGUGACUAUAGAGUAGUUUGCAUCUGUGUGGUAGUGAUUUAAUUUGCAGCACUAGCUUUGUGGUGUCAGGCUUUAGAGUUCCUUCUUGUCAUCAAGCAUUCUCAGCCUCCAUUUUGAAGGCUGUCUAAGCUUAAAAGGUCUGCUGUCUAAUUUGUAGAGAGUAAGAUUGUCCCUUGCCUUCCUGAGUAUUAUGUAACCUAUUUUUGCAGAGGGUACUGUUACAUUAAGUGCAUCUGUGUAUCCGGGUUAAAAAACAAAUGUACUCUUUUUUGAAAUAAAUCUUCAUAUUCUGUAUAGUU